GUGAAGUUGCCCGAUUGACACUGAUGAGGAACACAUCUAUCUGACCUUAGCCAUUAUUAGAGAUAACCGAGGGGAGGUUCAGGCUGUCGGUUCGUCAUUCUUUCAUCUACCAACCUCCGGUUUCCAAGCAGCAGCCUCUCUCCCUCUCAUCUCUCUCUUUUACCCGCUUAUGCUCAGCCGCUAUCUUCGUUAUUGUCAACUUUCUUUUCUCAGAACGCCUCAAACCUCCCGCCCUGCGAUGUAUCUUCCUACAGCUUGCUCGCUUUAUUGACUAUUGAUCGCACUAUGACUCGUGACACUUACCUUAAGCGCUCUCUUGGAACGCAAGCCAACCGUAUCAGAGAGUCACGAGUCCUUCUCGUCGGCGCUGGAGGAAUUGGCUGCGAGCUCCUCAAGAACCUCCUGCUUACUGGGUUCGGUGAAAUACACGUCAUUGACCUCGACACCAUUGACCUGAGCAACUUGAACCGUCAAUUUCUCUUCCGCCACGAACACAUUAAGAAGCCGAAAGCUAUAGUCGCAAAGGAAGUUGCGCAAAAGUUUCAGCCUAGCGCGAGGAUUGAGGCUUACCAUGCCAACAUCAAGGACAGCAAAUUCGACGUGGACUGGUUUGCGACUUUCAAUGUCGUCUUCAAUGCGCUUGACAAUCUUGACGCGCGGCGUCAUGUCAAUAUGAUGUGUUUAGCGGCGGAUGUGCCUCUGAUUGAGAGUGGAACAACUGGCUUCAAUGGUCAGGUGCAAGUUAUCAAGAAGAAUGUGACAGAGUGUUACGACUGCAACUCUAAAGAGGUCCCAAAGUCAUUCCCUGUCUGCACCAUCCGAAGCACACCGAGCCAGCCAAUCCACUGCAUUGUCUGGGCGAAAAGCUAUCUCUUGCCCGAGCUAUUCGGGACGAGCGAGACUGAUACAGAAGAAUUUGACUACUCCGCGGAUGCAGACAACGUGGAGGAAAUUGAGAAUCUGCAGAGAGAAGCAAGAGCUCUCAAGGAAAUUCGUCAAUCCAUGGGCUCGGCUGAGUUUGCUCAAAAGGUCUUUGAUAAAGUUUUUAAGGAGGAUAUCAACCGGCUACGUGGCAUGGAAGAUAUGUGGACCUCGAGAAAGGCUCCAGAACCUCUAGAUUUCAAGGAAUUGGAAGGGACACUAUCUACUGUUGAACCGGAGGUCUCCUUGAAGGACCAGAGAGUCUGGACGGUCUCUGAAAACCUGGCGGUCUUCAAAGACAGCUUGGAUCGUCUAAGCAAACGCCUCAAAACACUGCAGUCCGAAGAAAGCGGUUCUCCCGCGGUUCUGGUGUUCGACAAGGAUGAUGUAGACACAUUAGACUUCGUUACAGCAAGUGCUAAUCUUCGCGCAACCAUCUUUGGAAUCGAACCGAAAUCAAAAUUUGACACGAAGCAAAUGGCGGGUAAUAUUAUCCCAGCGAUCGCAACCACAAAUGCGAUGACAGCGGGUCUUUGUGUCCUCCAAGCGCUGAAGGUCCUAAAGGGUGACUAUGACCAUGCGAAAAUGGUUUUCCUCGAGCGCUCAGGAGCUCGUGCAAUUAACUCCGAGUCCUUAAACCCACCGAAUCCGCAUUGCCCUGUUUGUUCUGUUGCCCAUGCCAGAAUUGAGAUCGACCUCACUCGCGCCACAUUGAAUGAUCUAGUUGAGAACAUACUCCGAACACAGCUAAAGUACGGACAGGAAUUUUCCGUAAAUACUGAGCAGGGCACAAUCUACGACCCAGAUCUCGAAGAUAAUCUUCCGAAAAAGCUGUCCGAUCUGGGUAUCACAACUUCAGCUUUCUUGACGGUUAUCGACGAAGAUGAGCAACCAAGAGUUAACCUCCAGCUUAUCGUAGUCGCACCUGGAUCACCACCGUCAGAGGAACAACCCAUCGUGCUUAACAGAAUACCUGAGAUCCCACGGAAACCUCAAGCCCCUGCACCGUAUGAUGCUGAAGCGAAUGGGACGUCAAAUCUAGGGAAACGCAAGCGCGAUGCUAAUGAAACCGAGCUCAACGGCGAUCCUCCCACUAAGCGAGUGGCGAACGUUUCAAUCUCGGAUGGUGCCGAUAAAGCACAUCCCAUUGAUCUGUCUGAGGCCGAAGGGGGCGCUAUUCUGAUCGAUGAUGACUGA